CGAAUAAUUACCUAAUAAAUUUGCUUGCAAUAUGCUGGCAGAUCAAGCCCAAGAAACAACCAAAGAACAUCCACCAUCAUGGGACCAAGUAAUGAAAGAGAAGAAAAUAGAAGAAAUAAAGGAAUCUUCAACUGUGGAAGAAGUUCCUAUAAUUGAAAAUAAAGCUUGCACAGAAGUACUUUCAGCCAAAGAACGAUUCUACAAAAUCAUGAAAAAAACUUUGCAUUACAUGAAAUUGACUGCACAAUCUCUUGCCACUGUGGCGGAUUUCACUUUGAUGCUGGCUUCCCUAUUUAUUUUAUAUUUGGGCUGCUUGAUUCUCACCCACCAAUUAGAAGCUAGCAGGGUAAUGUAUCACAAAACCUUCCAUAACAUCGGACAGGCCAUAGUGGUGAUCGGUUGUCUUAAUAUUUUGGUGUUUUGUCCUUUUGGAAUUUGGGGUACUUGGAAGACGAACCGGUUAUUAGUUAAAACGCACAACUACUGGUUGGUAAUAAAUAUUCUCGUACACUUGGUGUUGUUGAUGCACGUUUACUUCAACUUUAUGUAUCAGGAUAGCGACAAAAGGAAACAGAAGUGCGAGAUUGAGUUUAAAAAGGUUUAUAGAAGUUGUACUGGAUAUCCCGAUGUGUACAAUUUACCAAACGCAACUCAGCUACCCGAAUGCUGUUGCGUCCCUUACGAUCUGAUCUACGUAAAGCCAUACCAAGCCGAAUCCAAAAUCACCAAAGUGUGUUGGCCUUUCGAAUCUAGCCAACCUUCUAAUGAAACUCCCGAUGAGUAUUGGUCCGAUUGCGGAAACAAACAGGACUAUUUGAAUCGCAUGAUAGGCGUCAUCAAGGAUGGAUAUAGGUUCUUUUGGCUAUUCAUUUCUAUUGAGGUGAGUACUUUAUUUUUCGGAAUUCUUUCUGCUUUGAGUGUAGCGCACACGGAACGAGAACUAGAAAUACUGAAAUUGCUUCGUGAAGGUCCUGAAGAAGAGCUGGUUGAAACCAGAAGCAAACCUAAACGCGACAAAAAAGACAUGAGCCUGUGCAAACAAGUCUUAAUGUUUUUUAUAAUAAAACGAAUUUUUUGGAUAUUUUUAACUUUCAUAAUUUCCAUAAGUUUAAUUGCUAUUAAAGGCUUAACCGAUACAAUAAAUGUAAAAUUGCCUCCGCCGGCUCCUCCAGGCACCACUGUAACAUUAUGGGACUUGAUUGCUGGAUUCUUUAAGCUAGAAAUGUACUAGAGUAUUAAUGAAACUGAUAUUGGUUUUUAGAUGUCGGCUCUCACUUUUGCAUUAAUACAAAGUCUAUUCGACGAAGACGAAGAGGACGAAAUAACGAAAAAGAUGCGACAGCGCAAACGGCCAAAAGGCAAAAUCCAAAAGGCCUACUGGAAAUGCAAACGAAUGAUUGCCAGAAGAGUUUUACUCGUUACACUUUCUAUAUUGUUUGUUUUGUCUUUGUUCGUUUGGAAGUUGGCCCAGAAAAAUUUUAUUAUACACAAUGUACCGACCGGGCCUAUUAAGAUCAAUGUCAGUCUCAUUAAUGUCACUUAUAGUCUGCUUUUUCCAGAAUAAAUUUGUAAAUAUAAUAUUCUAAAAAUUCUGUGAUAAUUAUUUUGUUGUCAUUUAUAUUUAUGUUACCUAAAUGUAUUUAUUAUUAUAAUAAAAAUCCUAUUUCAAUAAUA